AUGCCGCCAGUAGCAAAUACACCAGCUUCGGGUUCUACCCUAUCGCCUAACUCGAAUAAGUUAGUUGAAAAUAACUACAAACUAGCAUUAAAACAAUUCAUCAACAAAAACUUUAUUGGUUCAUUCAAACUAAUUCAUGAUGUUUACUACACUUCAUUCAACGAGUACAGACAAGGUACAAUUUCCGAAGACUUGCUAAUCAAAAUUAUCAAUUUAUACUUAGUUGUUGUUGGAGUAUGUCUCAAAAACAAGAGUCUCGAUCAGGUACUGGUUAACGCAGCUAGAAAUUCUUUCACUAGUAACGAAAUUAUCAAUCAAAUUAAAUCAGUUUGGCUCGAACUUGAUAUACCUUAUGAAAUUAAAUACAACAUGCAACUUGUAUACAUCUCCAAUCAAGAGUUGAUUUGUGAUAAAGAAGGUUAUUUGCGAAACUUGAAAAAGUGGUAUAUCAAUAUUGAUACGGAUGAUAAAUUUGGUAACAAGUUGCUUGAUUUAGUCAAAUUUGAAAUCCUACCUCAGUUCAAUCAAUAUGACGAAAGUGAAAGAUUAAUUGGUGAUAACGAAGAAGAAUUACAACGAUUACGUCAAAUUAAAAAUGAAAAAGAAGAGUACUUGAACAAAGUAAAGCAGGAGCAAAUUCAAGCUGAGAAAUUAGCCAAAGAAGCUAAAAUUAAAGAAGAAGCAGAAGCUAAAAAUGCAGCUAAAGAACUGAACUUGAAGUAUAGUUCACUCAAGGAGAUCAUAAACAAUUACAAUAAGGAGGACAGUAGAGCACCAGUACGGAAUUUGGAUCGUCAACAAUCGCAAAGUUUGAAGAAGAAAUUGACAUACAUUUUGAGCAUUACGAGAAACUACCUUGCUAAAAACUCCAUCGUGUUGGUGGUGCUCAUUAUUUUGAUUCUUGGGUCGAGUAGGUACUUGAGAAAUGCAAAUAUUAAAGACAAGAUUGUUGAAACUGUUAAAAUGGCUUUCAAGUUUACAUAUGUAUAA